AUGCACUUGAUAAAGCUCACCAUUCUAGCUUCCCUUGCCACGGUUGCCUUCAGCCACUGUGUCCUAAACGUCAACGAUUGCCCUGCCGGUACCCAUGCCGAGAACGAGCCCGAAAUCUGCCGGGAUAUGGGUUACCCUCCUCAGUACCAUCUGCUCUGUGUGGGCGGCGACCCAGCCCCCCUUGCCAGAGUCGCCUCCCGCGUUGGCUGUGUUCGAUCUCCUGACCAGUGUCCAAGUGGAACCCAUGCCGAGAACGAACCCGAAAUCUGCAGGGAUAUGGGCUACCCUCCUCAGUACCAUCUUCUCUGCGUGUAUGGCGUUAAAGCUCGCCUCGGAUCCCUCGAUCGCUGGUUGCCCCGAGGCUCUAGUCGUCAAUCGUCGCUCCGCGAGUCCAUCGUUGACUUCAGGAAAACCUAA